GGCGCGUUAAAGAUGGCGGCGGCGGGGCCCGGUCCCGGGGCCGGCGCUGGAGCGGCCGGGGGGACCCGCGGCGGCCGCCACUGAGCCCGGCCGCACCCCCCGGCACCGUCCGGGACCCGCCGGGAGCCUCCGGGACGCUCGGGUCGGUGCGCGGCCUCCGCCGGCCCCGCUCCAGCCCCGCUGUCCCCGGCACCUGGCCCAGGGAUUCCCGUGGGAAGCGGCGAUGUCGGACAAGGGCGGCAGCAUGGACGGCAGGACGGACAUUGUCAACGGCAGCCUGUCCAGCAGCCCCGAGGACAUGUCUGCCGAGGAGGGCCGCGAGACGUCCUCGGGGAUCGAGGUGGAGGCGUCCGACCUGAGCCUGAGCCUGACGGGCGACGACGCCGGGGCCGCGCGGGGCCGCGCCAGCGACAGCGACAGCUCCGGCGACAAGGACAGCGACAGCAUGGACGACACCGGCCACUACUCCAUCCCCGAGGAGCCGCGGCACGACGAGGACGAGGACGAGGAGGAGGAGGAGGAGGAGGAAGAGCCGCGCGCCCGGCGCAGGGUGCCCCGCAAGCGGCCGCCGCACGAGCGCGACUCGUCCGACGAGGAGCAGGCGCUGGAGGACUGGGUGGCCUCGGAGACGUGGGCGCUGCCGCGGCCGCGCUGGCGGGCGAUCCCGGCGCUGCGGCAGCGCCAGCUGGGCGGCUGCUCGCGCUUCGUGGCGCAGGCCUGCGGCGCCCGGCUCUUCGUGCAGAAGUUCCGGCUGCAGCACGGCCUGGAGGGGCACACGGGCUGCGUCAACACGCUGCACUUCAACCAGCGCGGCACCCGCCUGGCCAGCGGCAGCGACGACCUCAAGGUGCUGGUGUGGGACUGGCUGCGGCGCCGGCCCGUGCUGCAGUUCGACAGCGGGCACAAGAGCAACGUCUUCCAGGCCAAGUUCCUGCCCAACAGCGGUGACUCCACGCUGGCCAUGUGUGCCCGGGACGGGCAGGUGCGCGUGGCCGAGCUCUCGGCCACCCAGUGCUGCCGCAGCACCAAGCGCGUGGCCCAGCACAAGGGGGCUUCCCACAAGCUGGCGCUGGAGCCAGACUCGCCCUGCACGUUCCUGUCUGCGGGGGAGGACGCCGUGGUCUUCACCAUCGACCUGCGGCAGGACCGGCCCGCCUCGAAAUUGGUGGUGACGAAGGAGAAGGAGAAGAAGGUCGGGCUCUACACCAUCUUUGUCAACCCUGCCAACACCUCCCAGUUCGCUGUGGGCGGCCGCGACCAGUUCGUGAGGAUUUAUGAUCAGAGGAAAAUCGAUGAGAACGAGAACAACGGAGUCCUGAAGAAGUUCUGCCCUCACCACCUGGUGAACUGCGAGUCCAAAGCCAACAUCACCUGCCUGGUCUACAGCCACGACGGCUCAGAGCUGCUGGCCUCGUACAACGACGAGGACAUUUACCUGUUCGACUCGGCGCACAGCGACGGCGCGCAGUACAGCCGGCGCUACAAGGGGCACCGCAACAAUGCCACGGUGAAAGGGGUGAAUUUCUACGGCCCCAAGAGCGAGUUCGUGGUGAGCGGCAGCGACUGCGGCCACAUUUUCCUGUGGGAAAAAUCCUCCUGCCAGAUCGUGCAGUUCAUGGAAGGGGACAAGGGCGGAGUGGUGAACUGCCUGGAGCCUCACCCCCACCUGCCCGUGCUGGCCACCAGCGGGCUGGACCACGACGUGAAGAUCUGGGCUCCCACGGCCGAGGCGCCCACGGAGCUGCGGGGCCUCAAGGAGGUGAUCAAGAAGAACAAGGUGGAGCGGGACGAGGACAGCCUGCACCACACGGACAUGUUUGACAGCCACAUGCUCUGGUUCCUCAUGCACCACCUGCGCCAGCGCCGCCACCACCGGCGCCGCCGGGACCCCGGGGCCGAUUCCCCCUCGGACGAUUCCGGGAGCUCCUCGGACACUUCGGACGAUGAGGAGGAGGGGCCGGACCGGGUGCAGUGCAUGCCCUCGUGAGCCCCCAGACCCCCAAAAAAACCCCCAAAAAAACCCCAAAACCCCCCCCAAACCCCAAACCGGGGGGGCCCCACCCCACUAACACUUGGAGCUUUGUAUUGACCUUGUUCAGCCCCCCCAAAUUCCCAGUUUUCCCCCUUUUUUGGGGUCCCCUUCCCCUUUUUUCCCUUUUUUCCCUUUUUUCCCCUUUUUGGGGGUCCCCUCCCCCUUUUUUCCCCUCUUUUGGGGUCUCCCCUCAAUUUAGGGGGUUCUGGGGGGGGGAACCUUUACUGCCUCCCCCUCCCAGUUUUUUUGGGACCCCUCCCCCACCCUUAAGCUCUUCAAGCGCCCCCUUUUUGGGGAGGGGGGGGCUCCCACCCCUUUUUCCCCUUUUUCCCCUUUUCCCCUUUUUCCCCUUUUUUCCCCAUUUUUCCCACCUUUUUUCCCCUUUCCCCCCUUUUUUUUCUCCCCCUUCUUCUCCUUUUUUCCUCCAUUUUCCACCCCUUUUUCUUUUUUCCCCCAUUUUUCUUUCCCCUUUUUCCCUCCCCUCUCUUCCCCCCCCGAUUUUCCCAAUUUUUCCCCAUUUUCCCCCUCCCUUUUCCCUCAUUUUUUUUCCUCUUUAUUUCCUCUUUUUCCCCCCACUUUUCCCUGUUUUUCCACCAUUCUCCCUUCCCAUUUUUUCCUCUUAUUUCUCUUAUUUUUCCCCCCAACCCCCUCCCCACUUUCACCCCUUUUUUUUCCCAUUUCCCCCCUUUUUUUUUCCCAUUUUCCCCCUUUUUUUCCCCAUUUUCCCCGGGGGGUUCACCCUCCCUCUGUACAUAGCCGUGAUUUGCACUUGGUUUGGCCCCUUUUACCCCCCCAAAACCCCUAAACCCCCCAAAAACUCCCUUUAAUUUCCCAUUUCUUUUGUCGGGGGAGGGGUUCAGGGGGGUUUUUUUGGGGGGAAACCCCCAAAAUUUCCCUGUUUAGAGGCCUAAUUUUAUAUUGUAUUAAAAACCAAAUGGGCCCGGGAGUUCUCCCUGGCAGAGCUGUAAAAGUUGGGAUAUAUAUUAUAUAUAAAUGCAAUAAAAACGACUCAACGAG